AUGUCUCCAUCGCGCUGGUUGGACGUUGGCUUUGCCGUCAUUGUGACAACUGACGGGUCGGCGCAAACCAACAAUCCUGUCAUUCAAGUACCAACUGCAAACCUCCUCUACGGAUACAAAGUACACACCACCUUGUCCGUACCGGCAAUUUGGCACACGAACUCGGGUUUGGUGGGCUACAUUGUCAUUGCUGCAGCUUUCCCCCUUCCCCGGGUUAUCAAAUAUGGGUAUCUCUACGACGUACCGGAUAUGCCUCCCGGGCCAAACGGAUCACUACGGUGCUACCCGUACGGCGCGCACAAAAUAGCCGUUUACCAGCUGCCGAGUCAUCAACAAAUUCUCGUCCACUUGCUUGUCUCCUCGACGCUUCUCGGCCGUAGCCGAAGAAUGGCUGUGUUUGCGCUGUGCUGCGUUGCCGCGCAUCCAAAUCCGCCGUGGGUACUCCGUACGGAGUAUGCGCAACUGAUUUCCAAUUUGAAGUGCAUGGCAAUUGCAUAG